UUCAGCGACGGGAUAAGCCAGUUGCGUCUGCGACACUGCUUUCCGAGUCGCAAACAUGGCUUCCUACAAGCCCAAGAGCGUAAAGGAUGUGCCGGCGGAGGAUUUCAUUAAGCACUACGCCGCGCAUUUGAAGGCCAAUGAUAAGAUUCAGCUUCCCAGCUGGGUGGACGUUGUGAAGACGGGUUGCUUCAAGGAGCUGGCCCCAUAUGACCCCGACUGGUACUACGUGCGCGCCGCGUCCGUGGCCCGCAAGCUAUACAUCCGCCAGGGCAUGGGUGUUGGCCUGUUCCGCAUUCAGUACGGUGGCCGUAACAAGCGCCGCGGCUCCAAGCCCGAGUUCCAGUCGAAGGCGUCGGGCGGCGUCGUGCGCCACAUCCUGAAGCAGCUGGAGGAGUGCGGUCUGGUGGAGAAGGCGCCGGAGAAGGGCCGCCGCCUCACCUCCAACGGUCAGCGCGACAUGGACCAGAUUGCCGGCCGCAUCGCCGUCAACCUGCAGUCGUUCUACUAAGCGCGUUUGCUCGUGGCGCGCCUCCUUGUGUGCCUACCUAGCCGUUUCGGAAGUGCACUCGGGCCAGCAGCACAGUCAGCAGAAGCAGAACCUGCCAGGCGGGUGCGAAUGAGAGCCCCCGCCGGCUACGGGUGGCAGUCGAGCGUCGUAUUGCUCGCAUUCUUCAUCGUCGCAAAAGGAUCUUUCGUGCGACGGCAAGGGGUGUGUUCGGAUGCGAGGGCGGCGCACGAGCUCGGAAGCGGCCCUACUGCAGCAACUCGCGCCUGGCAGCAGCUACCGUUGUGGGAUCUGCAUGUCGCCCUGGGUUCCAUGGCGAGCGUCGGCACCAAGGGAUGCCGAAGAAGCCCUGUCUCGGGAGGGGUUGGGUAGACGGACAGCAUUAAGGGGAGGCGGCCGCUUGGUGAUCUUGCAUCAUUGGUGUCACCGUGUUCUCGUCCGAAAUCCCGUUUUCGUGCUUGCUCUUUUGGCCCGGGGUGGUGAUCGUCUUCUUUCGGCGGCAGGAGUGGUCCAAAUGCGAGGGAAGCCUACUGCGCCUGUUCGCGAUGCCUCUGGCUGUAACAAGAGGGAAAGUUUUCAUUCGUCUGUCCGCAUUAAUUGAAUAUCA